CUCAGUGAUACCGAGUGCUCCUGUGGUGUGAACACUGUGUUGCUUCUUAAGUCAGUUCAGGAUGAGGCAUUAUAUGCUCUCAUUUCACUGGAGCAGUCUACUCUUCUGUCUGGGUUUACUUCUGCACAGUGGAAAAGCCAAAGUGCACACGGAAAUACAAGCUGGGCCUCUGUAUCGCGUGCUGGAGACUCCACUCUCCAUCUCCUGCAACGUGAGCGGCUUUACCAGCACUGAGACUGAGAAAGAAUUUCAAUUCAUAAUCACAAAGCCUGACAGACCCCAACUUGCGAUCAACAUCAUCAGUACCCACGACCAAAACUUUGCAUAUUCCAUGUACAACCGACGCGUGAGGAGCGGGGACAUUACUCUGAGACACGCGUCUCCAAACUCUGUUGUCUUUGAGAUACAAAGUCUACAGAAAGGCGAUGAAGGGGACUAUGAAUGUUUUGUAGUCAACUCGGAAUCUGUUUACAAUGGAGUAUACAAUGCUAAGACAACAGUUAAAGUGAUCGACAACUCCUUAAGUGUUUCAUCAUCUGUCUCCACAUCUCUGAGCUAUAAUGAGGGUGAUGCUCUCACUUUAACGUGCCAAGCCUCCAGCAACACCAUCCAGCACACCCAUCUGUCUUUUGCCUGGUAUCUCCUUAAAGACGUCGAGGAAGACGCCAAGCCCAUCAUUUCUUUGGACAGAGAUUUCACACUGAGCCCAGGCCAGGGGUUUGAAGAGCGUUACCAUGCUGGUCACAUAAGGUUAGAUAAAACUGGAGAGGCCACGUAUAAGCUGACAAUGACUCAGCUGGAGGUGUCAGACCGAGGGAAGAUCUUCUGUCAGGCUCAGGAGUGGAUCCAAGAUCCUGAUCGUUCCUGGUACACUAUCACGCAGAAGGAUGCAGAGAAAACAACUCUGAACGUCAAAGCCAGAGAGGUGAUGCCAGACACGGCCUCUCUGGUGGUGAGAAUCUCGGCCCAGCAGACGACUCUGCAGGAGGGGCAGGAGCUGUCGCUAUCCUGCAACGUAGACACAGCCAAUCUAGAGGAAAGGCUCCUCACUGUAGCUUGGCUCCAGGGAAGUGUCGAGGUGGCACGCAUCGGGCCUACAGGUGUCCGGUCUGUGGGGCCUGAAUACAGUGGCCGAGAGAGGGAAGGAGAGCUCAGGGCUGCCCGAAUCGAGGACAGACAUUACCGUCUCAUACUGCAGCCUGUCAGAACAGAGGACCAGGGAGAGUAUUUCUGUCAGGCAUGGCACCGGGACAAAGGCCAGGAUGGUGCCUUUAUACAAGGAGCAGUCCAGAAAUCUGGCCCCCAGCGAAUCAUCAUCUCAGCCACAGAAAGUGGACUCUCGGUUGAAAUGCAGCCCUUGGUGAAUAUUAUCGAAGGUGACAGGCUGAAGCUCACCUGCAAAGUGCAUGGGGUUAAAGGUCAGCUCUCGGUCACCUGGCAUCACAGGUCAACCACAUCCACAGCGACUGCACUAUUACGGGAUGUCAUCGGUCUAAGUCGGGAGGGUGUUUCAGAGACGGAGGGGGAGUUCCUGAGUCGCGGAGUAAAAGCAACGCGUCCAGCACUCGACACCUUCUCUCUAGAGCUUGAUGAGGUCACGCCCACCGAUUCAGGUGUUUACCGCUGUACUGUGUCUGAAUGGAAAAGCAACAGCAAGAUCUACAGCCAGUCGCAAACUACCACUGUGACGGUGACUCCUAUAGACUCAUCCGUGAGUGUGCGUCUGAUAAGCCGCAAAUCCAGUGUCACUGUUGGUGAGAACGUCGAGCUGCUGUGCCGGGUCAAAGGGCCUCGUGUGCCAGUCACGCUGAUCUGGAGCCUGCGGCGCGACGCCUCGACUGUAGACAACAUCCUGACACUGUACUACGAUGGCGGCAUCAGCUGGUCUGGCGAUCAGCAGCGCUACCAGGUGAAAGUGGAGAACAAACCAAAUGAAGUCUUGCACUAUCUGCUCAUCAACGGUGCAAGCCACAGGGAGGCAGGGAUGUACCAGUGCCGGGCAUCAGUCUUUGUUAAGAAUGUGCACAAGAAGUUGCCUGAAUCCAACCAAGUGGCUGUGAUGGUGCAGAACCCAGUGAGCAAACUCAUUCUUACCUCUCCCGGUACCUUGACAAGUGACAUCAACGGUGACAUAGAAAUAAAGUGCUCACUUAGAGCAGACCCCCUCACAUUUCCUCGCUAUGCUGUCACAUGGUUGCGCCAUCACCAGGCAGAAAAUAAGACAAUUAUAAGCUCAAACCGCGAGGCCUUAAUAACUUUUGGGACCCAGGUAGAGCCGAGUAGCAGACAACGUAUCAGCAUGAGACGCACUGAAGGCCCGAGUUUUGAGUUGACAGUACGGCAGGCUCAGCUCUCGGAUGACGGCUCAUACAUAUGUGAGGUGGUGGAAUGGCUGCAGGAUCCCCGUGGUAAUUGGUUUCAGCUCUCGCCAGUGUCCCAAAUCACGGAGGUGAAAGUUGUUGAGCCAGCCAACGAUCUUCAGUUGGAUGUGAAAGAGCACCAGCAGUUUAUCACCACAGAGGGGGAUGAGGUAGUACUCCAGUGUCACAUCAUCUCCGGUGCACUCAGCCCUUCUUUCUUCUACAAAGUUGCUUGGCUGUACUCUGGAAACGGUUCUCCCAGCACAAAUGUCCCCCUCGUGGAGCUCGAUCACAACGGCCUGCUCAGGUACCCAGAGAACCAGGCCCUCGUGGGCCUGCAGGGGCGGCUUCAUCUCUACAGACCCACUCAGAGCAGCUUCUACCUCAAAAUUCAAAGGGCACACGAGGCAGAUAGUGGGACCUUCCAGUGCCAGGUGGAUCAAUACCAGUUGGAUCGCGACGGUCACUGGCAGCAAAAAGCAUCCGACAAGGCUGGUCCUAUCACGCUGGCUGUGAAUGUUGUUGAAAAGAACCUGUUCAUCGUAAUGGACGAAGUGGAGCAGAAUGUGAGCAGAUCCCAGCACUUCACCGUCCCCUGUCACAUCAGCAAUCAAUCCAGCAGUGAAUCUAAGUUCCAGGUCACAUGGCUUUGGCAGAGGGAUUCAGAAACGGAACAACGCCCCAUAUUCACUGCUUACCGGAACGCUACCCUACAAGACAGGUUUGACAACGGUGAUCAGCUAAGAUUUGGUCACAGGCUACCCAACCAGUUCAGCCUCACAGUCACGAAGCCAGCUCCUGAAAAUAGUGGCCGAUAUUCAUGUGAGGUAGAAGAGUGGCUCCUGUCUCUGUCUCGUGGGUGGAGGAAGGUUGCGGUGGAAAAGUCAGGAUAUAUGACUGUACAUGUUUUUCCAGGAGGUCAAUCUGAGCCACAGUUUUCAAGUACAUGGAUUGAGAUUUUUGUACCUUUAGUCAUCUGCUUACUGUUGGUGAUAUUCCUGCUGGUGCUGAAGAUAUGCAUGAACAAGGUCUCAGGAGGAAAGAAGCCAGGUCAAUCUCUGUGGUUGGAGGAUCAUCCGCUGAAUACUAAACCCAGCGCAGAUGAGUGAACCUCAUAUAGGCCAGAAGUGGAGGGGAGAGUAUACAGUCUGAAGAUUUAAAAUGGACUAUUUUUUUAUGUGCAAUAAUGUUUUAUACUGUAAAAUGUUGCACUAGACAUGUAUUUUUUUAUUCAUUUGUGUCUCGAUGAUAAUUCAUGUUAAAAUAAAUCUGUUGAUAAUGAUAA